GUCAAGGAGGGAAAGUGCCGUUCGCGGGCUGACGGGCAGCAGGAACCAUAGCGACAGGCAUCAUGGACGUGGAGAUGGAGAGUGAACGCAAGCAGAUACCGACAGAAAGCACAAGUAAGACGGCCACCGAGGCCGGCGAGUCCUCGUCCAAGAGCUCCGGGAGCAGCUAUGAGCUGCCGUGGGUGGAGAAAUACCGGCCGCUGACGCUGAACGAGAUAGUAGGGAACGAGGACACUGUUAGUCGGCUGGAAGUGUUCGCCAGGGAAGGAAACGUCCCCAACAUCAUCAUAGCAGGUCCCCCCGGCACAGGAAAGACCACCAGUAUCUUAUGUUUGGCUCGAGCUCUGCUGGGAGCCUCCAUGAAAGAGGCCGUGCUGGAGCUCAACGCUUCGAACGACAGGGGGAUUGACGUGGUGAGGAACAAGAUCAAGAUGUUUGCUCAGCAGAAAGUCACACUGCCCAAAGGACGACACAAGAUCAUCAUCUUGGACGAGGCCGACAGCAUGACGGAUGGAGCCCAGCAGGCGUUGAGGAGGAUCAUGGAGAUCUACUCUAAGACCACACGUUUCGCUCUCGCCUGCAACGCCUCCGAUAAAAUCAUCGAGCCGAUCCAGUCUCGCUGUGCGGUGCUGCGUUACUCCAAACUGACGGACGGACAGAUCCUCACCCGACUGCAGGAGGUGGUGGAGAAGGAGAGUCUGUCUGUGUCUGAUGACGGGCUGGAGGCCAUUAUCUUCACGGCCCAGGGAGACAUGAGACAGGCAUUGAACAACCUUCAGUCCACCAACUCAGGCUUCGGGUACAUCAACAGCGAGAACGUGUUUAAAGUGUGUGACGAGCCCCACCCUCUGCUGGUGAAAAGCAUGCUGGGACACUGUGUGGACGGGAACAUCGACGAGGCUUACAAGGUGGUGGAGCAGCUGUGGGCGUUGGGCUACUCUCCAGAGGACAUCAUAGGAAACAUCUUCAGGGUCUGCAAGACCUACAAUAUGGCAGAGUAUCUCAAACUGGAGUUCAUCAAGGAGAUCGGCUUCACUCACAUGAGGGUGGUUGAGGGCGUUAACUCCCUGCUGCAGAUGGCCGGUCUGCUGGGGCGACUCUGUAGCAAGACAGUGCCCCCUGCUGCCAGCUGAAUCUCAGUGGUCCCCCACCUCAACAUCCUUAAAUCUCACAGCACCAGACUGUCCCGUGUUCACUGGUAAUAUUUUCCCACGCUAUAAACAUGCUGCUGAUUGAACCACUAGUUGGCCUUGAUUCAACCUGACAGUACAGCAGACAUGAUGUGUCUUCAUGGAAGCCGAAUGAUGUCAAAAACUGGAGACUAAUAUUUACAAUAAAUGACAUUUUCUUUCAUUA